CCCAUCUGUCAAACCCGCAGUCCCCUAUGAGAGUACAGAUGAAUGGAGGAGGAAGAUUUAAAAGUGAAUUCGUGGGCGGCGACAAGGAAACAGCAGCCGUGGCCGAGCGGACCCCAGAGCCCUUCCCUUCUUGGCCCUCCCUCUGAAUCAUCGCGCUCCACUUGUGACGUCGCGGACGCCCGGCUCGGGCAGGCGUGGGGGGCCCGCGCGUCCGGGAGCCCCGAGGCGGCAGCGCGCGUUUCCACGCUGCGGUGCCGCGGGAAAGCCGGAGGCGGAGGCCUGGCUCAGGCAGAGCUCGGAUCCGGUGCCGAGCCGAGCGGGACAGCGCGUCGCCCGGGCUUCGCCUUCGCUCGCUUGACCUCCGCCGUCCUCUCCAGCCCUCGUCCUCUGGCCGCGCGUGCGGCCGCAAGCCCAGCACCCCUAGCCUAACCUCGCGCCCGGGCCGCGCCUCCUCCUCCCACUCCUCCUGCUCUCCUCCCCCGCCGCUUCCGUUUCUCGAGGGAAAGGCUGCUGCCUCCUGCUCUGUCCGCAUCCCCUGCUUAGCUGACGGCCCAGAGGGUGGGUGCCAAUUCCACCAGCAGCUGCAACUGAAAAGCAAGGUUCAGAAAUGUCAGAUAUCCUCCGGGAACUGCUCUGUGUCUCUGAGAAGGCUGCUAACAUUGCCCGGGCAUGCAGGCAGCAGGAGGCCCUCUUCCAGCUGUUGAUUGAAGAAAAGAAAGAGGAAGAAAAGAACAAGAAGUUUGCAGUUGACUUCAAGACGCUGGCUGAUGUACUGGUACAGGAAGUUAUAAAACAGAAUAUGGAGAACAAGUUUCCAGGCUUGGAAAAACAUAUUUUUGGAGAAGAAUCCAAUGAGUUUACUAAUGAUUUGGGGGAAAAGAUUACCUUGAGGUUGUGUUCAACAGAGGAAGAAACAGCAGAGCUUCUUAGCAAAGUCCUCAAUGGUAACAAGGUGGCAUCUGAAGCAUUAGCCAGGGUUGUUCAUCAGGAUGUUGCCUUUACUGACCCAACUCUGGAUUCCACGGAGAUCAAUGUUCCACAGGACAUUUUGGGAAUUUGGGUGGACCCCAUAGAUUCAACUUAUCAGUAUAUAAAAGGUUCUGCUGACAUUAAAUCCAACCAGGGAAUCUUCCCCUGUGGACUUCAGUGUGUCACCAUUUUAAUUGGUGUCUAUGACAUACAGACAGGGGUUCCCCUGAUGGGAGUCAUCAAUCAACCUUUUGUGUCACGAGACCCAAACACCCUCAGGUGGAAAGGACAGUGCUAUUGGGGCCUUUCUUACAUGGGGACGAACAUGCAUUCACUUCAGCUCACCAUCUCUAGAAGGAGCGGCAGUGAAAUACACGCUGGAAACACAGGCUCUGAGGCAGCAUUCUCCCCCAGUUUUUCAGCCGUCAUUAGUACAAGUGAAAAGGAGACUAUCAAAGCUGCAUUGUCACGUGUAUGUGGAGAUCGCAUAUUCGGGGCAGCUGGGGCUGGUUAUAAGAGCCUUUGUGUUGUCCAAGGCCUCGUUGACAUUUACAUCUUUUCAGAAGAUACCACGUUCAAGUGGGACUCUUGUGCUGCUCAUGCCAUACUGCGGGCCAUGGGUGGGGGAAUAGUAGACUUGAAAGAAUGCUUAGAAAGAAAUCCAGAAACAGGGCUUGAUUUGCCACAGUUGGUGUACCACGUGGAAAAUGAGGGUGCUGCUGGGGUGGAUCGGUGGGCCAACAAGGGAGGACUCAUUGCAUACAGAUCCAGGAAGCGGCUGGAGACAUUCCUGAGCCUCCUGGUCCAAAGCCUGGCAUCUGCAGAGACGCAGACAUAGAGGAACUCUAACCCCGGUGUACAUACAUAAACUGAACUGUGAAACUGUUUCCGAUUAUCUCUGUCUUCUGAGGAUGGCUUUGUCCUGUUGCUGGUUAACAUUCACUUUCCUCUUUUGAGGAGCAUUUUUCCAUUAUGUAUUCAUAAUAAUGUUAAUUUCAAUAAAUGACAUUCAUGCAGUAAUUA